AUGGCUGUUAAAGUGCCAAAAUACAAGUUAUUUUAUUGGUCCAUCUUUUUACAGCUUAUUCCACAUGGCUUCACCCACCAACCAAGUUCUUUUGCUUGGGAUCCAAAGUUGAACCUAAUAGCAAUUGGAACUCGUGUAGGAUUUAUCCGAAUUUAUGGGACCCCAGGAGUAGAGUUCUAUGGACAACACGGAGAAGAAUGCUGUGUUACCAAUCUCUUCUUCAUUCCUAAUCAGGGUCGCCUUAUCAGUUUGUGUGAUGAUAAUUCUCUUCACCUGUGGGAGUUAAACACAACUGAUGGAGAGCCAUCUUUAAUAGAGGUGAAAUCAUGUUCUUUAGAAGGAAGCAUGAAGAAGAUAUCCAGCUGUUGUUUACAGUCUCACGGACAACACCUCCUGAUUGGUACCGAGGGAGGUAACAUUUACCUUCUUGAUGUCAAGGCCUUUGAAAUGACGGAUCGCAUCAUUUACCAGGAUGUCAUCAUGCAAAAUGUUUCUGAUGAUUACAAGCUCAAUCCUGGAGCUGUUGAAGGAAUAGCUGAAAAUCCAUCCGAUCCUAAUCUUAUCUUAAUUGGUUAUAAUCGUGGACUGAUGGUUUUGUGGGACAUGAAACUCCAAGCUGCAGAUAAAACCUACACAGGGAGCCAGCAACUGGAGUCGGUUACCUGGUACAGGGAUGGCACACGAUUUAUGAGUACUCAUAAUGAUGGAAGCUACAUUGUGUGGACUACUGCCGAUCCUUCCAAGCCCUAUGAAAAUCCUAAGACUCCUUAUGGUCCUUUUCCUUGUAAAAGUAUGAAGAAGAUGUUAUGGCUUUCUGUAAAAGGAGAAGAGGACUUUGUCAUAUUUUCUGGGGGAAUGCCAAGGGCAAGUUAUGGAGACCGUCACACGGUAACUGUCAUGAAAGGGGACAAUCACCAAGUGUUAGACUUCACUUCUAAAGUAGUUGACUUUGUGGCAAUCACUGACACCUCCCUUGAUGCUGGUAUGUUNGACAACCCUCGAUCACUAGUGGUCCUCGUAGAAGAGGAGCUAGUUGCCAUAGAUCUAGAAAUGGAAGGAUGGCCAGCUUUCCGCCUGCCUUACCUGUCGAGCCUUCACACGUCGGCCAUAACCUGUACCCAUCACUGCAGCCAUGUUCCGCAGGACCUGUGGGACAGGAUUGUAGCUGCAGGCAAUAAACAGAUUGAAAACCACUACUCCUCCGGAGACUGGCCAGUCACUGGUGGUAAAAAUCUUUUAGAACCACCCACUGUAAGAGAGUUGAUACUGACGGGACACGAGGACGGUACCAUCAGGUUUUGGGAUGCUUCCGGAGUGUGUCUGAAACACUUGUACACCUUAAGAACUGGCAGUCUUUUUGAAGGGGAAGAACACGAACAGGCACCUGUAGAGGAGGGCGAGGAAUGGCCCCCGUUUCGGAAAAUGGGGAAUUUUGAUCCAUAUAGUGAUGAUCCCCGUCUUGCAGUUAAAAAGAUAAUUCUCUGUGUCUUGAGUGGAGUCCUGGUUGUAGCAGGAACUGCUGGCCAGGUGAUUGUUUUUGAGAUAAAAGAUGAACCAAUAGAGAAGGAAGUAGAG